GGUUGAAGAAUAAAUUAAACAAUUUUUAUCGCUAAUACUUAUGACAUAUUUAAAUAAAUCAUCCAUUACUACGUUUUCAAGAGUUCUAGACCAGUGGCACCACUGAUUCGUACGGAAUUUUUAUUGAACACAUCUGUAUAAGCUAUUUUUGUCCAAGUUUUUAAUAUUGCCCACUUAAUCAUUUUUCGCUUCUAAACUGUGAAGGUGACAAGUUAAGUUAUACACAUAUAAAUUAAAUGAUUUGAUACGAACAAUAAGAUGAAAAUGUUGAUGCAAGUAUCGCAAAGUUCCUUGACAGUUGUUUUUACUAAAAGUGCAAUACGAAGAAAAUCUUUUUGUUUUUUAAAAAGAUGUGACUUUUCCUCCCAGAAGGUACCUAAUAAUAAAAUAACACGAAAAUCAAUUGUUACACCAUUUCCUCCAUUAACCAAGCCAAUACCUAAUUUACCUAAAGCAAUCUAUGCUACUGCUAAAGAAGAACAUCAGGUUACUAAAGUAACAGUUUUGUCAAAUGGAUUAAGAGUUGCCUCUGAAAAUCGAUUUGGCCAAUUUUGUACAGUAGGCGUAUUGCUUGAUUCUGGUCCUCGAUAUGAAAUUGCAUACCCCAAUGGUAUCUCACAUUUCCUAGAAAAGUUGGCAUUUGGAUCUACCAAAACGUACAAGAAUAAAGACCAGAUAAUGCUAGCUCUAGAAAAACAUGGAGGUAUAUGUGAUUGUCAAGCAUCCAGGGAUACAUUUGUUUAUGCAGCAUCUGCAGAACGUCGUGGAUUGGAUACUGUUGUACAAAUUUUGGGUGAUAUUGUUUUAAGGCCUCAAAUUACAGAGGAUGAGAUAAAUGCUGCAAGACAGAUGAUUCGAUUUGAGUUGGAAUCUUUACUUACAAGGCCAGAACAAGAGCCAAUACUUAUGGAUAUGAUUCAUGCGGCUGCAUAUAGAAAUAAUACUCUUGGUCUUCCAAAGAUUUGUCCAAAGGAAAAUAUUGACCAUAUAGAUAGAAAAAUAUUAUUUGAGUAUUUAAAACAUCAUUACACACCACAUAGGAUGGUAGUAGCUGGAGUUGGUGUAGAACAUGAGGACCUUGUUUUAGCAGUUCAAAAAUAUUUUGUUGAAAAAAAAUCGGUUUGGGAAGAAGGAGAAAAAGAACAAAAGAAGAAUAGCUCGAUAUCCAUAGGAAAAUUUUCAAAUACAGUUGACGCUUCGAUUGCUCAGUAUACUGGAGGUUACAUACUAGAAGAAUGUAAUGUACCUGUGUAUGCAGGACCUAGUGGUCUACCAGAAUUAUCACAUGUAGUAAUAGGUUUGGAAGGCUGUUCUCAUCAAGAUUCAGAUUUCGUAGCAAUGUGUGUUUUAAAUAUGAUGAUGGGUGGUGGUAACAGUUUCAGUGCCGGAGGUCCAGGGAAAGGAAUGUAUACUCGUCUGUACACGAAUGUACUUAAUAGGUAUCAUUGGUUGUAUAGUGCAACUGCAUACAAUCACGCAUAUGCUGAUACAGGUCUUUUUUAUAUUCAUGCAUCUUGUACACCCUCUCAUGUCAGAGACAUGGUAGAAGUGAUCGUACAUGAGAUGGUUACUAUGACAAAUAAUAUUACAGAUAACGAGUUAGCGAGAGCAAAGAAGCAAUUGCAAUCUAUGUUACUUAUGAAUUUGGAACAAAGACCGGUUGUAUUUGAAGAUAUUGGAAGACAAGUUUUAGCCACUGGUUCUAGAAAACGACCAGAAUACUUCAUACAGGCAAUUGAUGAGAUAUCGAAGGAUCAUGUAACAAAUGUAGCACGUCGUUUACUUAAAUCACCACCUAGUGUAGCAGCUCGAGGGGAAGUAAGAACUGUUCCGUCGAUCGGAGACAUUCAAACUGGAUUAAUUGACGAACAAGGCAGAUUACCUGGUUCCCGUAGUAGAUUAUCGCUUUUCCGCUAGAUCUAAAGAUACAUGUACGUUCUUUUUUAUAUCAUAAAUCUUUGACAAAAUUAUUCGCACAUAUACAUUUGUUGAUUUAUCAUCAAACAGGAAUUAAAUUUUUAUAUUUGAAAUAGCAUA